CGGUUAGAGAAAGAUGGAGAAACUACAAGUUUUAUUUUCUCCAUUAAACUUGAGGUCUAAUCAGUAAAUAGGUGACUAGAGAAGUGAUAAUGAACAAGAAUACGAUAGUUUGGGUUCUCCUGGUUCUCUUAGUCCUUCUAUUCCUCCUAGACCUAGGAGUAGAAGCUGCUGUGUAUGAUGGAAGUAUACUUCUACCUGUACAAGAUUUACUUUAUCCUCUUUCUCAAAUGUUUACUCUUCCUGGAUUGGCUGCUAUUGCUUCUAUUUUAGUGAUAACGAUAGCAGCAUCAGGAGGUUUAGUUACACUAGGGUUACUUCAAGUUUUAAGAAGAGGACCUCUUAUACUGCUAGGAAACCGGUUUUUGGGAGAUGAAGAUGAAGAAGAAGAAAAAGAGGAAACUGAGGAAAGAAUAUGGAAAAGAGAAACUGAGAGGGCCUCACCUUUUUCCAUUAAUACGAUUUCAUAUUUGGAACCAAUGCAGUGCUUUAGAAGAAUUCUUUGCUCUUCUGCAACAAAAAGACUUAAAAACGACCGAACUAAAAAUAUGUUGAAUAUGAUUGAAUCUGCUGUAGACCUGGCUGAGUUUAAUAAUUCAAUAGCUAAAGAAUAUAGAGAAGCAAAGAGAUUAGGAAAAUCCAGGAGAAAUGUUGCCGCAUGUGAAUUGAAUUAUAAGUGCCCUAUUUCUUCAGACGUCAUCAACAGUCUAAUAUUCUAGAUGUAUCCUACAAAUGAUUUGGCAGCUGUAUACCUAUAGGGGAAAAUAAGUGUAAUUGUUAAUGUUUUGAUUGAAAUAUAUGUGUGAGAAACAAACACAUAAUUGUGGUAGAUGUGAUAACUUAAAAAAUAAACGAAUGCAAUUUUAA